AUGAAUGAAAUCUCACGCUUGAAUCUCAAACAGAAAAAUUGGCGAAGGGAAAUCUGGAUUGCCGACAGACAGAAACGGGGGACGGAAUACGUGGGGACGAUGAGAAAGACUGAAACCAGAAAGAACUGUCUCCGGUGGGAUUCCCAACCAUAUGGAAAGCUGGAUGACUUCAACCCAGAUUUAACUUACGAGGAACACUUCCAACGGAACGAUCCCUCGACGGAAGAGAACUUCUGCCGGAACCCGACAUCCAAGGAACGACCCUGGUGCUUCGUCGACGGCGCAGAGAAGAAAUGGGAAUUCUGCGACAUCCCCCUCUGCCCCAAUCACCCCUAA